AAAAUUUUUCCAGCGUUAGAGCUGAGAACAGCGACGGAUCACGACGUACAAAGAACUCCGAAACUCGCUUCUCUCCUUCCGGUCCGCUCCUACCAGAAACCAUCCGAGGAUGGUAACCCUCGUCUCUCCCCCUUCCUCUCUCUGUCUUCCCCCGUGCGCUUUAGCUUCUCCAAAUCCCGAAAAGCCGUCUUCCAACGGGAUUUACUAAAUCCUGGAUUUAAGGCAAAACAGAAGAAAACGGGAUUUGAGAACCUGUAGGAUUUACGAAUGCGUUUUUUGCCGUUUGGCAGGAUUUAGUAUAAAUGCUGUAUAAAACACCAGUGCUGAUAUUUCUCCUUGCGAGGAAGAUCGGGAGAUCGGGUAUCUCACUUUCCUGCUGCUCUCCCGAGGCCAAGAUCUAUAUAAGGUUAUAAAAGAAGUUAAGGUUGUUGCUUGUUCUAGAUUUGUCAGCAUAAUAAUUGAAGCUUGUUCUAUAUGCAUGAUCCUACAAUGGCUGUUGAAGGAGAUAAGAUGGUCAAUGGGCGUUAUAAUCUGAAUGCUCUUUUAUCAGAACUACAUUAUGAUGAUUGGACAUUGCUACAUUCUUUUGGCAGGAGACCGUUAGCUCGUUAUAAGCAUGCAAUUGCAGUUGCUCAGGACAAGCUUUUCGUGAUUGGCGGAAGUCGCAAUGGUCGAUAUUUCUCUGAUGUACAUGUUUUUAAUCUAAGAUCUUUGACAUGGUCUCUGUUAAAUCCAAGGAUUGAUGCAGAAAAUAUUGGUUUGGAAAAUUCUACCUCAAAAGAGGUAUUUCCAACAAUUGCCGGCCAUAGCCUGGUGGAAUGGGAAAACAAGCUUCUAGUCAUUGCAGGACACUCGAAGGAAAAAUCAGAUUCUGUGAUAGUUUGGUCGAUUGAUCUUAAAACACUGGUUUUCUCAAUUUUGAAGACCCAAGGAAAAAUCCCGGUAGCAAGAGCGGGUCAAUCUGUUACAAUUGUGGGUUCAAAGCUAAUAAUGUUUGGGGGGGAAGACGAAAAAAGACAGUUGCUAAAUGACCUCCAUAUCCUUGAUUUGAUCACUAUGACUUGGGAUGUAGUGGAAACUAAGAAUGUUCCGCCGUCACCAAGAUUUGACCAUACAGCCACGGAAUAUGCUGGACGGUACUUAUUUAUUUUUGGUGGAUCCACUCAGUCGUUAUGUCUAAGUGAUCUUCAUGUCUUGGACUUACAGAAUAUGGAGUGGUCUCAGCCUGACGUGCAAGGUGUUGCUGUGACACCUCGAGGUGGUCAUGCUGGUGCAACUGUUGGUGAUAUGUGGUAUAUAGUUGGUGGUGGAAACACUACAAGAGGUGCCACUGAAACUAUCGUUUUAAACAUGUCUAAACUUGCCUGGUCAGAUGCUACAAUGGUUACCACACAACAUCCUCUUGCCAGUGAGGGCCUUAGCCUUUCUACAAUAUCCGUAGAUGAGGAGAGUCUGCUGAUUGCCUUUGGUGGCUACAACGGCAGGUACAGCAAUCAGCUUUUUGUUUUGAGACCCAAGCCAAGACUACCAACGAAACCCAAACUCUACCAGUCACCAGCAGCUGCAGCAGCGGCAGCUUCAGUUACCGCAGCUUAUGCUUUUGCAACAUCCACCGGCACUAAGGACAAUGAUCCUGUUGAUGAAAACCUUAAGAAAGAACAAGUUACUAGACAUCCAGAGGCCGAAUCUUUUGCUACUGAGAUGCUAGCAGUAGAGGAGAAAAACCUUGGCUCUAAACUUGCCGAUGUAAGACGAGAAAAUGCAAAGGUUGAAGGAAACCUUGAAGAUGUUAGAAAUCGCCAGUCUUUAUUGGCCAUGGAGCUCAAGGCAGUUCAAUCACAACUAGAAGCUGAAAGAUCAAGAUGCUUCAAACUAGAGAUACAAAUUUCAGAUAUACAGAAGAGAUUAGAUUCAAUGGUUUCUAUAGAGCGUGAACUGGACAUCCUACGGCAGGAGAGAUCAAAUAUGGAGCAAGAUAUGGCUCGAGUGCAGCGACAAAGUUCUGGCGGUCUUUUGCGUUGGAUGACCGGUUAAACAAUACAUGCUGAGAAGACCUAAUCAACGCACAGAGUUUAGGCUUUUGCUUACCUGUGGGGUUAACGAGGUUUGCCUGUUCUUCGUCGUGCUCUUUCAAUAUUCACCCUUUGUUAAUUAUUCUACUACAUAUCUAAAUUAGUCUGUUACUACUAUUCUUAAGCAUUAUAUAUAAAUAUAUACUCAUAUGUGGUGGGCCUUAAGUUACGACCUUAUGAUUCAUAGACUAAACUCACUCUGUUAAGUGAUUGCACGACAUAUUC